CUCUUAUUUGAUAUUACCGACGUAUUUGCGGUUUGGCGAGAGGGAGGGAGAACAGAAAAGUGACGCAUUCUUGUCCUAACUGAAUGCGAGGGCGCAAGCAUGGAGGAGUUGCAGAGUGCGCUUAAAGAACGGGAUCUAAUCGUUUGUACUCUCCCAGAGAAAGGCCGGUGCCUUUUAACAACCAGGGAUUUCUAUCCAGGGGAAGUAAUUAUAAGCCAAGAGCCUUAUGUCUGCGUUCCAAACAAGUCCUCAGGUAACCGGAGAUGUGAUGGAUGCUUCACAUCAAGUAACCUUAGGAAGUGCUCAGCUUGUCAUGUUGUAUGGUACUGCGGUAGCACAUGCCAGAAGUUGGACUGGAAGUUGCAUCGUCUUGAAUGCCAAGCUCUGUCAAGGCUUGACAUGGACAAGAGAAAAUCUGUCACUCCUUCCAUACGUCUGAUGGUGAAACUCUACCUUCGGAGAAAACUGGAAAGUGAGAAGGUUAUCCCUACUACCGCUACAAACAAUUACAACUUGGUGGAGGCACUGGUGUCUCACAUAUCUGACAUUGAUGAGAAGCAGUUGGUGCUGUAUGCUCAGAUGGCUAGCCUUGUCAACUUGAUACUUCAGUGGCCUGAGAUCAACAUGAAGGAGAUAGCUGAAAACUUUUCCAAGUUUGCAUGCAAUGCACAUACAAUUUGUGAUGGUGAACUAAGACCCUUGGGGACCGGAUUGUACCCUGUCAUUUCCAUUAUUAACCAUAGCUGCUUGCCCAAUUCUGUUUUAGUGUUUGAAGGAAGGUUGGCUGUUGUACGUGCUGUGCAACAUAUAACCCAAGGAGCUGAGGUGUUGAUUAGUUACAUUGACACUGCUGGAAGCACAAUGACUCGGCAGAAGGCUUUGACAGAACAGUACCUUUUCACCUGUACAUGUCCCCGCUGCAUAAAAGCGGGUCAGUCUGAUGAUAUCCAGGAGAGUGCAAUUCUGGAAGGUUAUCAGUGCAAGGAUUAUCAAUGCAAUGGUUUCCUGCUCCGCAGUUCUGAUGGAAAAGGAUUUAUAUGCCAACGUUGUGGAGUUGUUAGGGACAAGGAAGAGAUAAGAAAGAUUGCAAGUGAAGUAAAAUCAAUGUUAGACACGGUUCUUAUGUCUUCAUCAGCUGGCAAUCAUCAGGAGACUUUUUUUAUGUAUCAGAAGAUUGAGACUCUCCAAAGGAAAUUGUGCCAUCCUUUCUCAAUCAGUUUGAUGCAAACUUGUGAAAAGCUUUUAGAGAUUUUGAUGGAGCAGCAAAAUUGGAGAGAAGCUCUGGCAUAUUGCAGAUUGACCAUUCCAGUGUAUCAAAGAGUUUACCCGGGAUUUCAUCCCUUGCUUGGACUGCAAUAUUAUACCUGUGGGAAGCUUGAAUGGUUUCUGGGCGACACGGACGGUGCUAUAGAAUCACUGACCAGGGCAGUGGAUAUCCUGAAAAUUACUCAUGGGACAAAUACGCCUUUCAUCAAGGACCUCUUGCUGAAGUUGGAGGAAGCACGUGCUGAGGCUUCUUACAAGCUUUCAUCUAAAGAUGAGUACCAAGGUCUUUCUUACACGAGCUUGAGGCAUUCCUAAGAAAUGCAUGAGCUUGGGGUGGUUAAAAGCUCCGUCGAGAUUCAGUCUCUGCAACCAUUUUCAAAUUGGAUUCACUCCGGUACAAUGCAUCUCCUAAAAAUCUUUUAUUACCCAUGCUGAUGUAUACCCUCACAACCUUGCCCAUUCGUGUUGUUCCCCCUGUAAUAUUCCUGCUCUGCGUUAGCAUUCAAAAUUUUGGCAAUAAUCAGAUGCGCUAAAUUGUUAAAUGGGUACCCCUAAGAAAACAGUUUGGGCUUA